AUGGGUUCCAUCAGGACCAGCCCCCGAUUUCGGCUGCUUCAGAAAAUCGAACCAGACUACUGUCCAAGUAAGAUCACUCAGUAUGAAUCUGAGCGCACUGGUAUGCGAGUGGUCGUGGUGGACCAACAAGGCCCCAAAUUGCAUGGCUUUUUCGUGUUGGCCACCGAAAUCCACGAUGAUUCUGGAGCUCCACAUACGUUGGAACACCUCUGUUUCAUGGGCUCAAAGAGCUACAAGUACAAGGGCUUCUUAGACAAGCUGGCUACUAGAGCAUAUUCCGGCACCAACGCCUGGACGGCGACCGACCACACGGCAUACACGUUGGAAACCGCAGGUUGGGCCGGUUUUGCCCAGAUCCUACCCGUCUAUCUAGAGCAUGUCAUCCUUCCAACACUAACCGAUGCGGGUUGCACCACCGAAGUUCAUCAUAUCGACGGUCAUGGUAACGACGCGGGCGUCGUGUACUCGGAGAUGCAAGGUGUUCAGAACACCGCGUCGGAACUGAUCGAAUUGCAGUCGAAACGAAUUCUUUACCCCGAAGGAGUUGGAUUUCGCUACGAAACUGGAGGUAUGAUGGAACAACUCCGCGUUCUGACGGCAGAUCGCAUUCGAGAAUUCCAUCGCGAAAUGUAUCAGCCUAAAAAUCUAUGUUUGGCACUUUUCGGAGAAGUGAACCAUAACGAGUUAUUGACUAUUCUGGAUGAAUUUGAGACGUCAAUCCUGUCUGACAUCCCUAAUCCUAAUGCCCCGUUUAAACGACCCUGGAUCGAGUCCGCACACGCCCCCGCUCUGACCAAAUCUACCUUGAUGAGAGUGGAGUUUCCGGAAGAAGACGAAUCUUUUGGAGAGAUCGACAUUCGGUUCUUAGGUCCUGAUUGUGCGGAUUCUCUGUCUACGGCCGCUUUAAAUGUCGCUCUCUUGUAUCUGGCCGGAUCAUCAGCAGCACUUCUUGACAACACCAUGGUCGAAAAGGAGCAAUUGGCCAGUGGCGUUUUCUACCAGAUCGACAGUCGCCCGCGAACUGAAAUAAGUUUUUCUAUGUCCAGUGUAGAAACUGAGCGCCUGGCAGAAGUGGAGAAACGCUUCUUUGAGGUGUUGAGAGAGGCCAUGGAUGCACCGCUCGAUAUGAAAUUCAUGAAAGACUGCAUUGACCGGCAAGUACGGACAUACAAAUUCAAUGCAGAAGGCUCUCCCACCGCGUUUGCCGAUUAUAUCAUCUCAGACUAUCUCUAUGGCAAAAGAGACGGCUCGACCCUGGAAGAGGUGAGAUCUUUGCGACAAUAUACUCAGACUUUGACUACCUGGGACGAGGAAAAUUGGAAAGCCUUCAUCAAAACGUACAUCUCAGAUGCUCCCCAUGUGUCGAUCCUCGGAGUGCCCUCAGCCCGCUUGUCUGAGCAACUAAAGUCCGACGAAGCCAAGAGGAUUGGGGAACAGAAGGAAAGACUGGGACCUGGCGGUUUGAAGAAAAUGCAACAAAAGCUUGAUAAGGCCAAAGCGGAAAAUGAUCGUGAGAUUCCACGAGAAUUAUUGGGACAAUUCAAAGUACCUUCGACCGAUUCGAUCCAUUUCGUCAACCCUGCUAGUGCUCGCUCCGGACUUGCUCUCGAAAUAGGAAAACCAAACAACAAAUAUCAAAAGCUUGUGGAUAGGGACGCAAAGGAUGUGCCUCUAUUUCUCGAUUUUGAACACAUUCCGACCCACUUUGCACGUGUCAACCUGAUCAUGUCCACGGAAACCCUUCCGGAUGAAUUGCGCCCACUGUUGUCCAUCUACAUGGAAUCAUUCUUCGACUUGCCAAUCAAACGAGGGUCAGAAACUAUUGACUUUGAACAAGUGGUAAUCGAGCUCGAACGGGAUACUGUGGGCUAUUCGAUCGACUCUGCCGGAAGUUUAGGAAAUGUCGAAGGGAUUAAAGUGAGUUUUCAGGUGGAGAUUGAACGUUACGAAGUCGCCAUCAAAUGGCUGACCGAAUUACUCCACAAUUCCAUCUUCGAUGUCGAACGAUUGAAAGCCAUCAACACCCGCCUGCUCGCGAAUGUACCUGACUCAAAGCGUAGCGGCGACGACAUGUUGAUUGCCGUACAUCUGAUGACCCAUCUGGCUCCAAAGUCGAUAGGUCGCGCUCGCAGCGUUUUGGUCAAGGCCCUCUAUCUCAAACGAAUAAAGCAGUUGCUAGAGGCCAACCCAGACCAAGUCGUCCGCCGACUGGAACGGCUGCGCAAUAUUCUUUGCAGAUUUGAGAAUUUCCGAGUCCUGGUAAUUACGGAUUUGGACAAGGUUGAACAACCUGCCAGCGCAUGGAAGUCUUUCUUAGCAGGAAGAGAGACGAAGAAGGAGCUUUCCCCCGUUGGCCGCCGAAUAGACCGUCUCAGUGAAGCAGGGAUCAACCCAGGAAAACUCGCCUACGUGGUUCCAAUGCCGACGAUAGACUCUUCGUUUGCGUACGCCGUAACCAGAGGUCCGACUUCUUACGACGAUCCGAAGAUGCCAGCAGUCAUGGUGGCAAUGGCAUACAUGAACGCCGUCGAAGGACCCCUGUGGGUUGCUGUGAGAGGCACGGGCCUUGCCUAUGGUACCACAAUGGGCUACGACAUUGAGUCAGGUUACAUUCACCUCGACGUUUACCGAUCACCCGAUGCAUACAAGGCCUUCGAAGCUAGCCAGAAAGUCGUGCGCGGCCACAUGAAUGGCGAGAUUGAGUUUGAUCCAUUGAUGCUGGAGGGUGCAAUUAGCAGCAUCGUAGUCGCCUUCGCCACUGAACAGCAAACUUUGGCAAGUGCAGCUGUAGCGAGUUUUGUGCGCGCGGUCAUGAAAGGAUUGCCCGGGGACUACAUGGAGACGUUGUUGAAGAAGGUUAGGGAAAUCGAAGUGGAGGAUAUCAAAAAUGCAUUAAAGACCGUGGUGUACAAUAUGUUUACACCAGGAAAGGCUGAUGUUGUUGUGACAUGUGCUCCUGCUCUGAAAGAGGUCAUUUCAGACGGACUUAGUAGUGCUGGCUUCUCCCCUGAGAUCCAUGAUCUCAACUAUUUCCAGGACGACUAUGGAUUGAAGCCAAUCAAUGGCGAGGAUGACGAUAACGACGACGACGACGACGAUGAUGAUGGCGGCCUCGACGGCAGCGAGGGCUAUGAGGUUGUAGAAGGCAAUCAGGAUGAUGAUGAAGAUGAAUAG